CCGGGGGUCUGUCGGUAUAUUUGAUCGAUAAAUCCGCGGUCACACUGGACAAGACGCGUGUAAAAACACGCCAAAUAAUUUGUGUUCUUAUAUUUGCCGAUUAAUUGCUUAACUAAACUAUGGAUGAGGAGGAUUACGGCAAUGAUGACGUCGGUGGUGACGAUUUCGAUGAUGUCGACGAGGAUGUGGACGAAGACAUUAAUCCGGAGGAGGAGGCGGAUAACAUUGAGAUUAUUGCGCCCGGGGGAACAGGGGGCGGCGGUGUGCCCAAGUCGAAGCGUAUUACCACAAAAUACAUGACGAAAUACGAGCGCGCCCGCGUUCUGGGCACACGGGCCCUACAGAUCGCAAUGUGCGCACCCAUCAUGGUGGAGCUGGACGGCGAAACGGAUCCCCUGCAGAUCGCCAUGAAGGAGCUGAAGCAGAAGAAGAUACCCAUCAUCAUUCGCCGCUAUCUGCCCGAUCAUUCGUACGAGGACUGGAGCAUCGACGAGCUAAUCAUGGUGGACAACUAGAGCGGGGUACAAUAAUAGCAAUUAAAACUUUAUUACAUACAACAAAUAUACAACUUAAGACAA